AUGCCUUUGGGCGAUUCAUACUCGUACUCUCCGACCGUGGGUGGGGGCAGCGGUGCGACAUACGUUACCUCCGGUGAGGGUCGCAUCACCGGGGUCAGAAUUUGGGAACUCAGCGGCAACUACAUCCGUGGGUUCCAGCUGAGGUAUGAGUACGGCUGGACACCCGUGAUUGGAACAAACAGUGGCGAUGAAUCGGAGAUGACGCUGUUCGAUGAUGAGGCCAUCAUCCAGAUCUCAGGGAAAUACACCAGCAGUUACAUCUACAGCCUGGUGUUCGUCACCAGCAGGGGGCGCUCUUUCCAGGUGGGGCAACCCACUGGAAGUUCCUUCAACUUCUACCCUACCCAUGACGGGGCUGAGCUGCGCCUUCUGAGCGGCCGGCAGAACGGACAGGGCAUCACUUCCAUCGGGGCUCACUGGGGUGCUUUCUACUCCAACAGCACACACUAG